GAAAUUAUAUUGAUAAAUAAUAAUGAAAAAUAAAACAGCUUUAUCAUUUUUUAUUAUUUUAUGUUUAGUGCUAUUUGUUAAAGGUGAUAAUAUUUGGCAAUACUGCCCAGGUACUGUCAAUCCAACCUUUAAAAUCAAUUCAUUAACUGUUGAACCAAGCCCACCGAAAAUUGGUAAAUCAUGUAUUGUUCAAUUAGACGGUUCAUUAGAGCAAGAUGUUACAUCAGGAUCAUCAACAUUCCAAAUUGAAUAUUUUGUUGCAGGAAAUUGGCGUCCAUUACCAACCUUUCACAACGAUGUCUGUUCAAUAAUUUCAUGUCCAGUUAAAGCAGGCCCUUUCCAAUUUAAUCAUACCAUCAAUGUACCAAUUAUUACACCAAAAGGACAAUAUAAAGGUCAAAUCCAAUUAGUAGAUCAAUCAAAUAGAAAUAUUACAUGUCUAACCUUUAAUACAACACUUAAUUAUUAGUAAAGACCACCAUUUUUACACAUAUUUACUGUAUGGAUUUUAAAAUUCAUAUAUUUGAAAUUUAAUACAUAAAAAUAAAGAAAUAAUAAAAUAAAAUAAAAUAUAAUACAAUACAAUACCAAC